CUCUCUGAAAGUGGGUGGGGCCAGACGGAACAAACUGCUCCAGAGUGUCAGCUCGCAGAUGUGGAGGUGACGGUGACCGUGCCUGCGCUGGCCCUGCAGCUGCCUUUCCUUCCUUCUCUGGCAGGAUGGACCCCACAGCUUACGCUGAGCUGUUGAAAGAAUCUGGCAACCAGGUGUUUAGGAAUGGGAACUUUUCUUUGGCCAUCAGAAGGUAUGACGAAGCCAUCCAGAUUCUUCUGCAGUUGUAUCAGUGGGGGGUUCCCCCGAGGGACUUGGCUGUGCUGCUGUGCAACAAAUCCAACGCGUUUUACAACCUCGGGAAAUGGAAUGAGGCGUUUCUGGCUGCCAAGGAAGGCCUCCAGUGGGAUCCAACCUAUGUGAAGGGCUAUUACCGCGCUGGCUACUCCCUGCUGCGCCUGCUCCAGCCUUAUGAUGCUGCUGACAUGUUUUUUGACGGUCUGCGAGUUCUGCCGGACAGCGGAGACCCAGCACAGGUGGCCGAUUUCCUUGUUGGAAUCUUCACCACUUUGAGCAGUAAGUCAUAACUGGGCACAGUUUUUAUU